UCUCUGCCGGGCUUCAUCCCCCCGCCGAAACCCUCCCCGCCGGGCUUCAUCCCCCCGCAGAAACCCUCUCCGCCGGGCUUCCUCCUCCCGCAGAAACCCUCCCCGCCGGGCUUCCUCCUCAAAUUUUGUUUAACAAUAUAUUGACCUUGGUUUUGUAAUCACUAGUGAAGUAAUGACUGAGAAUGAAUGUGGUAGAUGAUGUGGCAAUCACUGGGCAGUUUUGGCCUGGAUGGUAUUUAUCUUCUUGAGGAUUGUUGGAGCUGCCCUCAUCCAGCGCAGUGUUUGACCUCCAGGGACAGCCCGGGAGCUCCAGGUCCCGUCUCCGUCCACAGCACCGGAGCUCGAUGGAGAAAGGCCGGCAGCAGGAACAGGAGGAGGAUUACGGCUACAGGCCCUUUUGCAAAAUUACUUAUGGAUGCCAUGAAAAGUUCAGGAUGCACAGUUAAUAAGGAUCGUCACUUUUCCUGUGAAGACUGUGAUGGAACAGUCAGCGGAGGUUUUGAUGCUGAAAUAUCACAGAUCGUCUUAUGCCAGAAUAAUAUCCACCAGCAACAGCACAUGAACCGGGUGGUGACCCAUGAAUUAAUCCAUACGUUUGAUCACUGUCGUGCUCAUGUAGAUUGGUUCCACAAUAUAAAACACCUGGCCUGCUCAGAGAUUCGAGCUGCUAAUCUCAGUGGUGAGUGCACGUUUGGGAAUGAAUUGAGCAGGUUCAAUUUUGGUCUAAAGCAACAUCAUCAAAAAUGUGUACGUGAGCGAGCCUGCCGCUCCAUAUUAGCUGUUCGCAAAGUCAGUCAAGAAACCGCAAAGAAAGCUGUUGAUGAUGUUUUUGAUAGCUGUUUUAAUGACCAUGAACCUUUUGGAAGAAUUCCACACAAUAAAAAGGAUGCAAAAUACGCCUAUAGGGAUUUUCAGAACCGAAAUAGAUUUUACACAAAUCUUUGAAAAAAAUAUCUGUGUCAUGCAGCUCUAUCUGACGGGUCAAGUGAACUGACUUCACACAUGAUGAACAGGUCAUCUAUUUCCGUCAAGUGUGUCCCAUUGUGUCUUCAAGAGAGGGGAACUAGUCCAAAAAAAACAACAACCUGUGUGAAUUUAUGUUAAGGGCAUAAAGUGAAAAAAUGGUUUAUGGGAUGCCAAUGCCAAUUUGGAGAAGACAGCUGUUAUUCCUUCUUCCUUCGCCUAGUGUCAAUGGUUUAUAUUUUACAUUAAAUCUGGCUGUUCUAUUUUAUAUGACCAAGAAUAAAAAUGAAGCAAAGGAAUAUAACAUGUCAGUGGAUUUUUCCCUUUCAUCUAAUUUUGCAACUGGUAUUACAGCUCCCGUAAAUGUUAUAAAUAUGUACAUAAAAUCAUGUAAUCAUUGCUUAUUUCAUAUGUUAAAACAUUGACUAUUGCAUUUUUAUAAAAGUAAUGAUAGAUUGGCAUUCAUACCACCUUUUUGUUAAUCCAUUUCACUUUUAUUGUUGGGCAGCAGAGUUUUCUUUCCGAUAAAACAUGGCCUAUUCUAACUCCAUUUCUUCAAAUAUGGAAUUCUCUUUUAUUCUCUGGUAAUUUUUUAAUAUUCAAAUGGCAUAGGUAGAGGCACAGAGGUGGCUGUCAUAGUAAAUCCCAAUGGGUGAAAACAACUGGGUUCACACCAUGAGGAAAUGCUCCUCCUCUGAGAAAAAGUACUGAAAAACUGACUCAGUUUGAGGAUUUAGUUCUGUUUAGUCUUGGGAUAGAAAUGCACCCUUGGUUUCUGGCAGUGGUGAGUGUAUCACUCACCUUGGACUUGCCUCCACACAAUUGGUCCCUAGGGACUUCAAUGGAACUGAAUGUGAGAGUGUGAAUACAGUUGAGCUGAUGUUCUUGUGUCCAUCAAGUGACCAAAGACCAAUUUCUUCCUGAAUUGUGCACAAUACUACUUUAUUACCAUUUACCCCCUCUGAUAUCAAUACUGUUUGUUGCUUGCUCGCUGACAAAUGUUUUGUGACGCUUCAUAGGAUUCUGGACCAAAACAUCCAUUGGUGCUGAUGAUGGUGUGGUGGGUGUUGAUGGUAAAACCAGGUCUUCUUGUAUAUGUAAGGAAGGUCACAUUGGAGGGCCUUUGCAGCUUUCAGAUUUAGUGGGAUGUCAUGAAGUGAUGAAGUAGGAGUUGCAGCUGCAAUUCAGCAGGUUGUUUAAUCACUGAGUUAGCCCAUGCAGUUGUGAGAUGCAUCUCCCCAGGAGGGGAAGAAGAAACUGCAGUGUGCCAUCCUUAACAGUUCCUGAAAACAGGAUUUUCUGCCGCCUUGGCUGCAGUUUGCACAUGGGAUAAGUGUAAGGUGGUUAAGUAUAGAAAAGGAAUACUACUUUGCUGUGUGGGUCACUAUUUUAGCUCACAGGAUAUUUUUAGACUUUUUAAUUUUCUUUAUUUUCCAAUUUAAUUAAAAGACCAAAUAUCUACCUUUUGAUCCUAGAACAGAUUUAUCUAAUGACAUAUUUGAUAAUGGCCAUAUUAAUAUGAAUGGCUAAGAUUCCUGUAUUGUGGUAAAGAGAUAUUUUAUCUGUUCUGAAAUUCAUCAUCUUUUGUGUUUUAUAUUUGCUUUUAAUGUUUAUUUGUAAAUAAAUUACAUUUAAAACACUCAGGUUAAAUAUAUCACUUGUUUCAUAUACAGUAUAUGCCUAUUGAAAAGAUGAUGUAGAUGCAUGGAAUACAGUAGCAGGGAAGUUGUACUGAAUCUUUAUAAAACACUGGUUAGGCCACAACCUAAGCAUUGUGUCCAUUUCUGGUCACCAUACUUUAGGAGGGAUGUAAAGGUCCUUUCUGUAUAUUCAAGACAGAGAUAAAUAGAUUUUUAAAUCUUAAAGGAAACAAGCAAAAUGGAGUUAAUGCAGGAAAGUGGUGUUGGGUGAAAAAUCAGCUAUGAUCUCAUUGAAAGGCGAAGCAGACACAUGGGACCAAAUAGCCCACUCCUGCUUCUGUUUCUUAUGUUCUGCAAUAAACCUCUCAUCCCUGGAACAAUUCUAGCUGAAGAGCUUAACUGGACUUGUUCCAGGGACGAGGAUUUCCGUCAAAAUUGGGAAAGUUGGGAUUGUUCUCCGAGCUAAAAAAAAGUUGAGUGAAGUUCCAGAUAGAGAUGUGCAAGAGGGUGAUGGGUUUAGCGAGAGUAAGAAAAGCUGUUACUGUUGGCGAAUGGUUCAAAGACCAAUUGACUUGGAAUUAAGGCUGAAGGUACAGAAAGGAUGUAAAGAUUUUUUUUACAAAUACAGUGGGUAUGAUCUAGAAUUUAUAGCCUGUAAGGGUUGUUAUUACAGGGUUUUCAAAAAAGAAUUGGAUAGGGACUUGAUAGAAAAUAACUUCCAGGGCUAGAGGAAAGUUGUAGAGGAAUAGAUUGCUCCUAGUAAGCUGGCAUGUACGUAAUGGGCCAAUUAGUCUCCCGUGCUCUAACAGUUCUGAUUUAGUCCAGUAAGAUGAUUAUCAUUUCAAUUGUGCAAGAGUAAAUUGAAAAGGGCUAUUCAUAAUUUUUUUUAAUGUUCCACAAGUCAUUGAGAAAUUCUUGACAUUGUAGAGCAUAUUGUGAUUAUGCUGGACAACAAUAUUCCAGGUUGUAAGUCAGUCCAUCAGGGACAACCAUAAUUUAGCAUCAUCCAAUGGUUUCAUGAACUUUUAUUCCAAACCUUGUGACUUCAGAACUAUUUUGCUCCUCUAUAGAUCCUUCUAUAAAAAAAACACUUUAAAAAUUUGUCUUUUUUAAUCUUAGGGAUCAUAUGCUAAUCACUCCUGUCUGUGCCACUCACAUAGUCCUUUACCAUCAUCUUUGUGGUUCACGGUUAGGGACAAAGUUGCCAGCAUCUGUGAUCCCAAACCACUUGUUUCUCCCAGCUUAAAUUGACUUUUCCUUUGUUCACCUCCUGCCUCUGUCGAUCCCAGAUAACUUUGUGAAGCACAAGAUUGACGAUAUGAUUUAAGUGUCCUGUGGGUU